CAUCACCGGUAUAUAAAAGCUACUAUUCUAGGUGACAAAUUAUUAUUACUAUCUCCGAACUGAUCCGCCCCGAUAUCUGGAGGAAGGAUGAUGACGGAUGGGGCUCCUCUAUUAUCAUCACCAUAGACGCCCUUAUUUACAGCAAUCUAGAGGACAAUGGUCGUUUUUGUGAGUGACCGACCAAGGAUAGAUGAAGCCAGAAACCUCAUGUCUUGGAGGAUAUUAGACCUCACCCUGGAGAUAAUCUACUGGAUAACUGGAGAGGAUUACACAGUAGUGAAGAAGUCGUCUGGUGAGUGUGUGACCCCCCAUGUGUCAGGAGGGUGGGGCAGGAGCCAGAGCCCCGCCUCCGAGGAGCCUCCACCUCAUUCACUGAUACAUGAGCAGAAGAUCCUAGAACUUACCUCCAGGAUCACUGAGCUGCUGACUGGAGAGGUUCCUAUAAGGUGUCAGGAUGUCGCUGUCUAUUUCUCCAUGGAGGAGUGGGAGUAUUUAGAAGGACACAAGGAUCUGUACGCAGACAUAGUCAUGAUGGAGGAUCAGCAGCCCCUCUCAUCACCACUGGAUGGAUCCAGUCAGAGAAAUCCCCCAGAGAGAUGUCCCCGUCCUCUAUAUUCCCAGGAUUGUAAAGAGGAAGAGCAGAAUGUCCCUGUGGAUCAUCAGGAUUUAAUUAUGGAAUACUUGGAGGAAAGAAACAGUGAAACAAUAAGUGGACUUAAAAAAAAUAGUGAUGGUGAAAUAACAAGUGAAGUCGACAAGAAAAGUGAAGGUGAAUCAUCAAGUGAACUCGAAAAGGAAAGUGAUAGUGAAACAACAAUUAAACUCAAAAAGGAAACUGAAGGUGAAUCAUCAAGUGAACUCGAAAAGGAAAGUGAUAGUGAAACAACAAUUAAACUCGAAAAGGAAACUGAAGGUGAAUCAUCAAGUGAACUCAAAAAGGAAAGUGAUAGUGAAACAACAAUUAAACUCGAAAAGGAAAGUGAAGGUGAAAUGACAAGUAAACUCGAAAAGGAAAGUGAAAGUGAAACUACAAUUAAACUCGAAAAGGAAAGUGAAGGUGAAAUGACAUGUAAACUCGAACAGGAAAGUCAUAGGGAAACAACAAUUAAACUUGAAAAGGAAACUGAAGGCAAAUUGACAAGUGAACUAGUAAAAAAAAGUGGUGGUGAAAUGACAAAUGAUUUAGAAAAGAAAAGUGUUGGUACAAGGACAAUUAAACUGGAAAAGGAAAGUGAUGGUGAAAUGACAAGCGAACUCGAUAAGGAAAGUGAUGAUGAAAUAAUAAGUGCACUUGAGAAUCCCAUACCAGUGUCUAUGGAUGGUGAAGACUCGAUGGAAGGAUCCGAAUGUGAGGUAGAAGAUAACUAUUCGAUGGAAGCUAAUUCUAUAACUCCUGAUGUAGCCUUAGACCUUCACAGCAGAGAUCUAUCCACUGAUACCGCUGGUCACCAGAAAGAAGGACCUGGACAGAGGCGAGGGAAGAAGAGUCCAUCUGGGAAGCAUGUUAAAAAGAAAUCUAAUUUUGCUUUGCAUCAGAGAAUUCAGAGAGACGAACGUCCAUUUGCAUGUUCAGAAUGUGGGAGAUGUUUUAGCAGGGAGUUUAAUCUUGAGAGGCAUCAGAUAACUCACACAGGAGAGAAACCAUUUUCAUGUCCUGAAUGUGGAAAGUACUUUACUCAGAAAUCAAGUCUUACGGAGCAUCUUAAAAAACACAUAGGGGAUAUGCCGUUUUCCUGUUCGGUCUGUGGGAAAGGUUUUAGAAAACAAUCCGGUCUUACGGAACAUUUCAGAAAUCACACUGGCGAGAUGCCGUUCUCAUGUUCAGAAUGUGGUAAAUCUUUUGGCCACAAAUCAAGUUAUAAAAAGCAUUUAAGAAGCCACACGGGGGAGAAGCCGUUUUCAUGUUCAGAGUGUGGUAAGAAUUUUAGCUACAAGUCGUAUCUGAGGAAACAUCAAAGAAUUCACACAGGAGAGAAGCCAUAUUCAUGUGUUGUAUGCGGGAAAUGUUUCACCCAUAAAACUAAUUUUGUUCAUCAUCUGAGAAUUCACACAGGGGAAAAGCCGUUUUCAUGCCCUGAAUGUGGGAAAUGUUUUAGUCAGAAAUCAAGUCUUACAGAACAUCUAAGAGUUCAUACCGGAGAGAAGAUGUUUUCGUGUUUAGAAUGUGGGAAACGUUUUGGCAAGAAAUUGGGUCUUGUCAACCAUCAAAGGGUGCAUGAGGAGGAGAAGCUGUUGUAAUGUUCAGAGUGUGGGAAAUGUAGCAGAUGUGAAGCUUCGGUGAAGUUUCUGCUGCCUAAGGACACAAUCAAAUGUACAACUUACACCUUGAGGACCCUUGGCUGCACAUGGAACUCCUCAGAGGACACGUGCCAAACUUACACAGGGUUUUGAGCAUGUAAAGAGACUGGGGACUGCUGCUGUGCUGGUAGAUGCGGGAUCAUGGCUGUAAUACAUGGCUGUAGCCAUUAAAUCUGCAAGACUAAUAUCAUUGAGAACAAUAGGAGCCCUAUUAGACAGCGUGCAGAUAUUUCCCCAUAGACUUAUAAUGAACUGCAUGACAGAGAUUACUGUGUGUGAAGUGAAGCGCCUAAGGGUGACUCUGUAGGAGUCUAAGCACUGAGACCCAGACCGAUCAAAACUUCUUUUUUUUUUUUUCCAAAGAGUACACUUUUAAAGGGGAACUCCACUGCCCCAGCAUUAGGAACACUUAGUUCCGAAAGCUGGGUGCAGGCUUCCGGGAUCGCCACGCCCCUGGUUAUGUCACACCACG